GAUUGGUUAAAAUUGAACAACAUGGAAUCCCCCGUGUAGGUAGCCGGCGUAUUUAUCAAAUAUUUUUUUCUUGUUUUAAAGCCAAAAAUCCCUUCACAGUUAAGAAAAUUUCUUCAUGUGAGAGAGCAUUGUAACACUACAUCAAGACUGCUACAGGUGAAAUGAGGAGCAAGCAAGAGCUGUGGAUUUCAAUCAUUGUCAUAGCAACCGUCCUGCUCAUACCCCCCACAGACAGUGAUGACAUAGAGGCCAAGUGUACAACAUGUAAAGAAAUUGUUGAUGCAUUUAAAGAGGGUUUAAAAAACACUGCCAAGUCAGGCUUUGGAGGUGGAAACACACACUGGGAGGAGAAAAGUCUGGGGAGUUAUGUCACCAGUGAAACCAGGUUUUUGGAGAUCAUAGAAGGGCUAUGCAGGACUUCUUCAAAAGAGUCUCGAUGUCAUUCCAUGGUAGAACAUGGCGAAGAGUUAUUGGAAAGUUGGUGGUUUGAAGAUUUUUCAAAAAAUUUUAAAAGCAGACCUCCUGAAGAGAUUGAUCUGUUAGAAUGGUUCUGUAUAAAGAAUAUCAAAGUUUGUUGUCCAAAGAAUACUUAUGGUCCAAAAUGUGAGGCGUGUACUGGGGGAACGGAAACCCCUUGUACAGGGAAUGGGGACUGCGAUGGAGAGGGGACAAGAAGCGGAACAGGGAAGUGUAAGUGUCAUGGCGGUUACCAAGGCGACCUGUGUGACGCGUGCAAAGAUGGCCACUACGAAGCUGAAAAAAAUGAGACACACAUAACGUGUUUGGAAUGUCAUGACUCCUGUCAGUCCACCUGCUGGGAGGGUGGACCCAAGGGCUGUGAUGACUGUAAGGAAGGCUGGAAGUGGGAUGACAGUGAAGGCUGUACAGACAUAGAUGAGUGUCAGGAAGACCAGACAUUGUGCAAAGACAAUGAGUUUUGUGCUAACAACCAGGGAUCCUAUAGUUGCACUGCUUGUGAUGCAGCCUGUGCUACAUGUCUGGGAACAGGAUCAGACCAGUGUGUUAAGUGCAGUGAGGGCUAUACAAUGGAGAAUAACACAUGUACAGAUAUAGAUGAAUGUGCAGCUGAAGAUAAGUGCAAGGGAGAGCACGAGGUUUCCUGUACAAAUACAGUGGGCAGUUAUACAUGUAACUGUGAGGAGGGGUAUGAACAGAGUGGGGAUGGGAGAUGUACACCUAAACCUCAGGAAGGCCCGCCUGAAACAAAGAAAGACAAAUCAGAGAAAGAAAAAUCUGCAAAAAAGGCCAAGAAGAAAACAACUUCAAAAAAACAGAAGAAAGAUUUAGCAGACGACGGAAGUGACGCAGACGACAGCCAAAACGCCAGCGUAGAUGAAGAAAGUGACGAUGAUUCCAAAGAGAGCGAUGGCUUGAAAGAUGAACUUUGACGUCAUUUGAGCUAUUUGCUGUGGUCAUGUUGCUCAUUAUCAUUCUUUCUGCACCUCUUUGUGUCACUGUUCGCUGACAGUCAUGUAUAUGAUGUUUCAUUUUUGGUGUUUUUUCCAGUCAUUUUUCAUAGCCAAGAAUAAUCAAAUAUCCAAACUGCUGGGCUUUCUAUCACCAUACCCCAGUCGUCAUUUGUUUUUGCUCUGGUCGUUAAGAGUUUCAGAAAAUGGAAGUAGAUUGGAAAAUAAAGAAGUGAGACCACAUCACCAUGACGGUGGGAAGUCGAAAUGCAAACCAAAAUGGCACAGUUCCUGCCCAUAGCCAAAUGUUGGCAUGUCGAGUGCGAAAAAACUAUUUAUUUUUGAGUGAGUUAUUUAUUCGAUCCGCUUUUGAACUGUAACUGACAUAAAUUAAUUUAAAUUAAUUAUGCUUUGAACAUAGGGAAUUAGAUUUAAGUUGACCAGUGCUCUGACAGAUAACAACUGGAGUAUGCUGAUAGAAAUGCACAGUUUCGGUGCAACCAGAAAAAGAUACAAACAAAAUAAAUUAUGAAAAAAUUGA